AGAGCAACCAACUCCUCCACAAACAACCGGCACCAAAACACUGAGCACAGGCGCUGAGGAGCCCGCAGGUUUGGUGGAUUUAACAGCAGUUUGGCAGCAGAAGGAAGGAAGGCCUCCUUCACAUCUGCAACACAGGAGCAAGAAGGGACCACCAUGAAAAAGGGAAAGGUAGGCGACGACAUCGAACCUCCGAGCUAUCAGGAGGCAACAGCAGGUUAUGGCGAAAUGGAGGCCCAGUUCGCCUGGGACGACAAGACCAUCAGGAGGACUUUCAUCAGAAAGGUGUAUGCCAUCCUCAUGCUCCAGCUGUCCGUCACAGUCGGGAUCGUUAGUCUCUUCACAUUUUGUGCCCCCGUGAGGUUUUACAUUCAAACUCAUCCAAACUUGUACAUGAUGUCCUACGUGAUGUUUCUUGUCACCUACAUCAUGCUCUCCUGCUGCGGAGACCUCAGGAGGAAAUUUCCCUGGAAUGCCCUUUUGCUGCUUCUCUUUACUCUAAGCAUGGCCUUCAUGAUGGGGUUCGUGUCCAGCUUUUACAACACCAAGUCGGUGAUCCUAUGUCUGGGAAUCACAACUCUGGUUUGUCUCUCCGUCACCAUCUUCAGCUUCCAGAGCAAAAUUGAUGUCACGUCCUACCAGGGAGUCCUUUUCUCUAUGUGCAUGGCUAUGCUUCUGUGCGCCAUCACCAUCUCCAUAGUCGUCCCUUUUGGAUAUGUUCCCUGGUUACAUGCCAUCUAUGCUGUGAUAGGAGCCAUCCUCUUCACUCUAUUCUUGGCGUUUGACACCCAGCUGCUUUUAGGGAACAAACGAUACAGCAUAAGCCCAGAGGAGUACAUCUUUGCCACCCUCAGCCUCUACCUGGACGUCAUCUACCUUUUCAGCUUCAUGCUUCAGCUCCUGGGAGGAGGUCGCGAGUGACUCCUCCUCCAGUGUUGGGACUCCUCUAACAAUCUAAACUCCUGAGAAUAAAAGCAGGACAGUUUGACCAAAGUGCUCCAACGUUACUGUAAAUAUAUAAACCCCACACAACUCACUUCUGCCUCGCGUUCAACAUCUGUACUGGUUAGAUGUUUGUGAUUCAACCCUUCAGUCUAUAGAAGAGAUCGUUUUAAAAUGAAAUUUAAACUUUUAAACUCAGCAGGAUUGAGUUUCUUUAUCCUUACAGAGGAUAAACAGUCCCUUUUGUACAAUUUUAUAAAAAAAGGACAAUUUUAGAUGAUGUUUGCAGGGUUCUGCAGAACCGUUCUUUCUUGAUGUUAGACGUUUUUUGGGAAAUACUGCUCAACGCGGUCCAUUUAAGUCACUAGAGACUUGUUUAAUUAUUAUCGUGAAUCGAUUGUGGCCUUUCAGAUGAGAUAGAAAAUCACCUCAGAGAAACAAGAUGAGAGUUAAAAAAAGGCUUCUGUGUAGAGAUGUGAACUGUAAUGCUUCUUUUUUGUAAGUAUGAAUACUGUUCAACAAUAAAGAUGUAAUUCAAAGACUGA